CACGCAGUUCCGCAAAUCUAGUCUUGUUUUGUUGUUGUGAGACUCUGCCUUUUCUGCCACCGCUGAAGUUUACGCGUUUGUCACCGUCCUGCACGUCGAUCUGUUUUUCUCCGAGGUGAAAAUGGCCACAGACUCUCCGCGCAGACCCAGCCGCUGUGCAGGAGGAGUGGUGGUGAGAGCCCAGGCUGUUACGGAGCAGUCGUACAUGGAGAGUGUGGUGACAUUCCUUCAAGAUGUGGUUCCUCAGGCUUAUACUGGAGCGCCUCCUACUGACGAAAAAGAGAAGGUCAUCUGGGUUCGGUUUGAGAAGGCCGACAUCAACGACACGGCGCGUAACCCUGAGUUCAUGGAGAUGCACAGCGGGACCACAGAACCUCCUCUGUGCCUCAUGAUCGGAUACACCGACGGGCUGCAGGUCUGGAGCGUCUCCUUGGCAGGUGAAGCUCAGGAGUUGUUCUCGGUUCGUCAUGGUCCUGUCAGAACGGCGCGUAUCCUGCCUGCUCCUCAUAUCAGCCCGGUGAAGACGGACAGUUUCUCCGACAAAAGACCUCUGCUCGGGGUGUGCAAAAGCGCGGGCUCGUCCGGGACGAGCCCUCCUUACUGCUGCGCUGACCUGUACUCGCUGAGGACCGGAGAAAUGGUCAAAUCCAUUCAGUUCAAAACUCCAAUCUACGACCUGUACUGCAACAAACAUAUCCUGGUGGUGAGUCUGCAGGAGAAGAUCGCGGCCUUCGACAGCUGCUCCUUCACCAAGAAAUUCUUUGUCACAAGCUGUUACCCCUGCCCCGGCCCCAGUCUGAACCCCAUCGCUCUGGGGAGUCGCUGGCUCGCCUACGCCGAGAACAAGUUGAUACGAUCUCAUCAGUCCAGAGGCGGCGCGUGUGGUGACAACGCGCAGUCCUACACGGCCACGGUCAUCAACGCCGCUAAGACUCUGAAGACGGGCCUGACGAUGGUGGGUAAGGUGGUGACCCAGUUGGCGGGGACGAUACCGGCGGGGACGCCCGACGAGGAGGGCAGCCCGCACAGCGCCCCCCGCCGCAGCCCGCACAGCCCCGGGGUCGUCACCAUCAUCGACACCCACAGCGUCGGAGAGGGACAGGUCCUGGUGAGUGAAGAGUCGGACGGGGAGGGAGUCGUGGCUCACUUCCCAGCUCAUGACAAGCCCAUAUCCUGCAUGCAAUUCAACCCCAGCGGGAUGCUGCUGGUCACCGCAGACUCUCUGGGCCACGACUUCCACGUGUUCCAGGUCCUGACUCACCCCUGGGCCUCAGUGCAGAGCGCCGUCCACCACCUGUACACCCUGCACCGAGGAGAGACCGAGGCUAAGGUCCAGGACAUGUGCUUCAGCCCGGACAGCCGGUGGGUGGCGGUCAGCACCCUGCGCGGCACCACCCACGUCUUCCCCAUCAACCCGUACGGCGGUGCCCCCUGCGCCCGCACGCACAUGUCCCCCCGCGUGGUCAACCGCAUGUCCCGCUUCCAGAAGAGCGCCGGCCUGGAGGAGAUGGAGGCCGAGCUGAACCGAGCCGGGGCGGGCGGCGGAGGCGGAGGAGGAGGAGGAGGGGGAGCGCCCGGGGCCUGCAUCCUGGGAGGAGCCGGGGGCAUAGGGGGACGCUGCAGCCCCCUCCCCGGCCUGUCCAGCAGCCCGUCCGGAUCCCCACUGCACGGGAAACUGAGCAGUCAGGACUCGUACAAUAAUCUGUCCAACAACAGCAUGGGGAACCCGCGCGUGUCGCCCCUGCCCAGCCUCACCGUGGUCCUGCCCCUGGCACAGAUCAAACAGCCCAUGACCCUCGGCACCAUCACCAAACGCACCGGUAAAUCGAAGCCGCCUCCGCAGAUCUCGCCCAGUAAGUCGAGUGGAGGAGAGUUCUGUGUGGCCGCGCUCUUCGCCUCCUCCAGGUCCUGGUUCCUGUCAAACCCCAACAUCAAGAGGGAGAAAGACCAGUCCAGGCAGUCGGUGGUCGACUCUCUCUACAUCCUCAGCUGCUACGGAAACUUGGUGGAGCAUGUCCUGGAGCCCCGCCCCCUCGCCACGGCCGCCAAGAUCAGCGACGACACGCCCCUGGAGCUGAGCACCUGCCCCCGAGCCUGCUGGACCCUCACCAGGACUCCACAGUGCAACGCAGUCCAGUCCCCACCUCUCUCGGAGUCCGCUCUGGUCCUGGACCUGGUUCAGUUUUAUCAGGUUUUAUUAGCGGGAACGAUGCCUCCUGGGAGCCCGGGGCCCAUCACCAGACACGAGUCCUCAGACAGUCUGUCCUCCGACCACAGCGGCCCGGACGACGAGGAGUGGCUCUCUCAGGUGGAGAUCGUGACCCACACUGGACCUCACCGGCGUCUGUGGAUGGGGCCUCAGUUCCAGUUUAAGACCCUGCACCCUUCAGGUCAGACCACCGUCAUCUCCUCCUCCUCCUCCGUCAUCUCGUCUUCGUCGGUGCUGCAGACCCAGGGCCCGUCUGAGGUCCAGCAGCCUCUUCUGGACUUCGACACCGACGACAUGGACCUGCAGAGUCUCAGGAUCCAGCCCAUCCGCUCGGAGCCCGUCAGCAUGCCCGGAUCAUCACGCCUCGUCUCCGACCGCCGCGGACAGUCCAACCUCAUGGACGCCGGAGCAGGGUACGAGGGCCGGGGCGUGACUCUUCUGGAGGUCUGUGGGAGUUGGCCUGAGACCUUCUCGGUUCCUCGUCAUAACCUGGGCUCCACAGACGCCAGCGACGAGGGUCUGAGGGAGAGACUCGCCGACGCCAUGUCAGAGUCUCCGUCACGAGACAUCACCGGCUCCGCCACAGAGCUGCAGAGAGAGGGCAGUAUCGAGACCCUCAGCAACAGCUCCGGUUCCACCAGUGGUUCGAUCCCGCGGAACUUCGAAGGAUAUCGCUCGCCACUGCCCACCAACGACAGCCAACCGCUCAGCCUGUUCCCAACCAACUUCCCCUGAAAAAGAACCAUCAUCCAGGGAGAUCCAGAGACGUCCACGCUCUCCUCUGCAAACAAACUUCAUCCGGAACUCAGCCUGUUUCCCACUAAGUCCCUUGAACAAAGAACAACCACCCAGGAAGACCCUCCACACUCUUCUCCACCAACAAACGUCAACCAGAACUCCCCUGAACAAAGAACCAACGUCCAGUAAGAUCCCGGGACCUUCCCACCCUUUCCUCUGCCCAACAACGUCAACCUGAACUAGGCCUGUUUCCAACCAACUUCCACUGAAAAAGAACCAUCUUCUAGAGUGAUCCAGGGACCUUCCCGCUCUCCUCUGCUCACCAAUGUCAACCUGAAGUAGACCUGUUUUCAACCAACUUCCCCUCAAAAAGAACCACCACCCAUGGAGAUCCAGGCUCGUCUCUUCCCACCAACCUCAAAUAGAACUCAGUCUUUUCCAACUAGCUUCCUCUGAAAAAAGAACCAUCAUCCAAGGAGAUCCAGGGAGAUCCACGCUCUCCUCUGCCCACCAACUUCAUCCAGAACUCAGCCUGUUUCCUACUAAGAUCCCUUGAACAAAGAACCACCACCCAGGAAGUCGUCAGGGCCUUCACACUCUUCUCUGCCGACAAACGUCAACCAGAAUUCAGGCUGUUUUCAACAACCUGAACAAAGAACCAUUAUCCAUGGAGAUCCAGGAACCUCCAUCCUCUCCUUUGCCGAACAACAUCAUCCUGAACUAGGCCUUUUUCCAACCAAUUUCCACUGAAAAAGAACCAUCAUCUAAGGAUCUCCAGACUCUUCUCUGCCCACAAAUGUCCACCAAAACUAGGCCUGUUUUUAACCAAUUUCCCUUUAAAAAAAAAAAAAAAGACAACUAUCCACCCAUGAUCCAGGAGCUCUUACUGUUUUUUUUUUUGCCCCCAACAGCAGACAGAAUUUGGCCUGUUUCCAACAAAUAUCCCCUGAGAAAGAACCACCAUCCAGGGAGAGCUCCAGUUACCUCCAUGCUCGUCUCUGCCCAUGAAUGGCAACCAAAACUCAGCCUGAUCACAACAAAUUAUCCCUUAAAAACAACCACUAACCAUCCGUGAUACGGGGACUUCCAAACUGUCUCGUGCCCACCAGGGUCAACCAGAAUUUGGCCUGUUACCAACGAACUCCCUGAGAAGCCAUCCACAUAUCGUUUGGGGACUGUUACUAAAUUCCAAAGGCCACACACAUCAUCCAAAACUAUUUCAAACCAACUUCCCCUGAGACAGAAUCACCAUCCAGGGAGAUGGUCUGUCCACCAACAUCAACCAGAAAUCAACCAACUUCUCUUGAGAAUGAAAAAACAUAGAUUUUUUUAGGUACAUAUACAGGUUUCCAGUGCCCACCAAUGGCAACCGAAACUCAACCUGUUCCCCUGAAAAAGAACCUUCAUUCAAAGACCUCCAUGCUCUGCUCUACCCACCAACGUCAAUAAGAACUUGGACUGUUGCCUGCUAACUUCCCCUGAGACCUAUUUCCAACUUCAGCUGAAGGACCUCCACAUUUUCUUCCCACCAAUGGCAACGAAAACUUACGCUGUUGUCCUGAAAACGAUCCUUCAUCCAUGGACCUCCACGCUCUACUCUGUCCACCAACGUCAACAAGAACUUGGACUGUUGCCUAGUAACUUCCCCUAAGACAGAAACAUCGUCCACUUUUUUUCCGCCUUUGCAUUUUUCCAACUUCUGCUGACCAAGAAUCACCAUCUAGCGAGAAUCAAGGUCCUCCACACUCUCUUCUCACCAAUGUCAACGAAAACUCAGCUGUUCCCAACCAGCUUGUCCUGAAGAAGAACCUUCAUCCAAAGACCUUCACGCUCUGCUCUGCCCACCAACGUCAACAAGAACUUGGACUGUUACCUGCUAACUUCCCCUGAGACAGAACCAUCGUCCACCUUUUCUCCACCUUUGCCUAUUUCCUCAGCGAGCUCCAAGGACCUCCACAUUCUCAACCAAAGCUCAGCCACAUCACAAACAUUUCCCCUGAAAAAGAACCACCAUCCAGUCAUGAUCCAGGGAUCUCCACGCUCACCUCUGUCCGCCAACCACAACCACAAGUCCAGCCUCUCCCCAACCCCAGCUUCCUAGGACCCCAAAAUGAAUCACAAUCGAAAAGAAAUCGCAAUUUGACUGGACGCAAAGACUCCAAAUUUUUGAUGUACCAUAAUUUCUUUCCCAAACAACAAAAUCUCCUGUUUUAUUCUGCAUAAAAAACAGCUGACCCCGUAGUUUAGAUCUGUACAAACGUGAUUCUUGUAUUAGUUUGUCAGUUCAGAUUUCAGUCUUUUUGUCAAUUCUUCUGGACGUUGAACACAAUCCUUCAUUUAGUCCAUUAACUUCUCCUGAAAAAGAGGAACCAUCCAGGUCAAAAUCAGUCCCAAUCAGUCCCCAGUUAAGGUCUAUCAUGAUUAACAGAGCUUCAGACAGAGCAGUGACUCCAGUUAGUUGAAGAAAUCAGCCGCAAGUAUCAAGUUAGAAAUUUAUACAUUUUAUUUCCCAAAACCAAUAUUUGUGCCUCUAAAAUAGUCACUGCUGUCUGAAUUGCUGAUUUGGCCUUUUUAUGCUCCAAACCUGUACAAUGAAUUACAGUCGAUCUUUUUUUUGUUUUUUUUUACCAUUUUGAAAGUUUUAUCAUUCCAAAGUAACACAGCAUCCCAACACAUUCUAAUGGGGUUCAGUUUUCUUCCAUUUGAGAUUUUUAAUACCAACGUGAAGUCGCCCCCAUCAAAGGCAAACCUACACAAAAACAAAAAAUCGUCAGUCGUUUUUGCUGUUUUAUUUUUGGAGAUAUUAAUGAUACUGUUAUAGGUCAAAUUGGGGUCAGCAGCCUCCAGGAAGACUCAAAAUGCUCUAAAACGACACAAAAUGGUGUCAAUUGUUUGUGCUUUUUUUGUGCUGCAAAAUUUUUUAUUUGUGUGAUUCUGGUUCUUUAGAUAUUGACAGUUUUAUUUUUGGCCGAUGACGCUGUCCAGCCCCUUCAAAAUGUUAAAAAGCCUCAAAUCAGGCAGAAAAAUCAUAGAAAACAUUUGUUUUUCAUUUGUGUGAGUAUAUUUCGAAAAUGUGUUUAUUCCAUUAUUAUUUUUGCCGUCUCUAUCAGUCUUUAGUAACUUGCUUUUGAUUAAUAUUUUUAUAUAAUAAUCCAGACUUUUCCAUCAUCAUUUAUCUUCAUUGUUUUGUGGAGUUUUGCUAAAGUUGCUGCCGUCAGCUGAGCAGAAAUUACAUUAUAUAAUUUCUGCAAAAAUAACAAUUAAUAAUUUUAGAAAUAUACUCACACUAAUGAAAAUUGUCACAAAACAGCGCAAACGAAAUAUAAAUGUUUCACAUAAUUGUCUGCCUGUUUUGAGGCUCUUUAACAUUUUGAGGGUCUUGAUGACGUCGUCGACCAAAAUAAAACUGCAAAUAUCUUAAGGACCAGAAUCACACAAACCAAACUUUUUGCAGCACAAAGGAAACACAAAUGACUGACACCUUUUUGUGUCGUUUUAGAGCAUUUUGAAUCUUCCUGGGGGCUGUUUGACUCUAAUUUGACCUAUAAAAGAAUCGUUAAUAUCUCAAAAACUAAGGCAGAACAAAUGAAACUUCUUGCAGCACAAACAGAGCACAAACGACUGACAUAGUUUUUGUGUAGUUGUGCGUUUGAUGGCGUCCAACUUGAUUAAUUUCGUCUUUAAUUUGCCUCUGAACAAACCAAAUUUGCCCCAAAAUAUGUCAUUAUAAUUUCUAAUAAUAAUAUUUGUUGUAUUUUCCCUUGAAUGUGCCUAAGUGAUUCCAGUCAGUAACAUGUAGCAGACCCUUUUUAACGCCCUGAUCCCAAUUUUAAUUCGAUUUUCAUCAUCGUUUUUCACAAAAUUAAAUAUUGUAGAAGUCUUAAGAUGCUUUUUGUGCUAUAUUAAAGAGGGGGUAUGAUGCGAAAUCAACUUUUUGGAGCUUUCUCCCGUGUUAUAAUGUUGUUUUUCGAUGUUUUAAGAGGUUUUAGAGUCGGCCGUGCAUGUUUGAGUCAUUUAGCGAUCUCUCCUGGGCCCUAUUGAAACCCUGUACGAGGCUCCGCCCACAAAACUACCCAACAACUCUCCGUAAAUGUACAAAAACGCGAUACAAAACUGCGCACAACAACAAACGGACAAACCCGAUGAGAUGUGGAGUAGUUUCUGAUUGUGUUGUGAUAGCGCUCUGAAGGGGUAGUGACUUAGCGCCGAGAGCAAAGUAGUAUUUUGGAAUAAAAUGAAAGGUAAAAUAGUCAAAUACCCCCUCUUUAAAGUCUUAUAUCGUUCCUUAUGCCCAAAGCUUCAUCAUGCAAAGGUUUAUGCUCUGAUUUUUAAAAGAUUGUUCUUCUUAGUCGGUUGUUUUAACUCUAAAUAAUUGUAAUAAACUGCGUAUGAUCUUCUAUUUUGUAUUAUUGACCAAAUGAAAUGCUGUUUAGUCUCAAAUCUCUACUGAAAACCGUGUGUCUCCAAAGCUUUGCCCUUUAGAACUGGAUAAUCAUGAACCUGCUUGUUUCAUUUGAGAAUCUAGAAUCUGGAGUUGUGUGUCCGUGUUCUUAAACCGAGUCUAAAGAUAUGUUGUUGUUUUAAGCCUUCAAAUAAAGUUCAUUGCAAAAAUAAAA